AAACAACCAGUUCUCCUAUUGCGAUGUCCAGAGGUUUAAUUAAAGCAACACUUCUCCGUCUACGAGUCAGAGAGGGCUCAACAGAGCGGCUGUAGUGAUGGCGGAGGGAGAGGAGGAGGUGAACUACGCUUCGGUUGUGUUCAAAGUCGGCAACAAUCCUCCACCUGCGGCAAAGAGAGGGGAGGAAACUGUGUACGGUGAGGUGAAGGUGCAGAAUGAAACAAAGAACAAGGACUCAGCAGGACAUCGGCGGUUUCAGCACUUGGCUUGUUGUUUGGGGAUUAUUUGUGUCAUUCUGCUGGGUGGCAUCAUCGGAGUCUGCGUCUACUUUGCUACAUUAAUUCAAAAGAGUGAUCCAAACCAGUUAAAAGAAAACUCAACUCUACGGGCAAUCAACACAAAACUCAGCUUAGAAAAUGCAAACUUGACGAUGGACAACAAGAAUCUGACGAACCAGUUGUGCAACCUGACACAAGCCUAUCAUGUCUCAGAGAGCAACGUCACAAACCUGUCAGCAGGAGUCCAGGAGCUGACAACACAAAACCAGCAGCUGGAGACUGAGAAGAAGAACUUGAAACAGCAAAUUGAAAACAUGACAACAAACUGGAAUGAGCUCAACGUCAGUCGAGCUCAGUGGAGCAUCGAUUCCUACUGCUUAGGAAAUACCGAUAAAAAGUGUCAACCUUGUCAGAAGGGCUGGGGACUCACUGGUCUCAGCUGCUAUGCGUAUAAUAACCCUCCUCAUCCUGGAUGGAAAACCUGGGAAGAAGCUCGAGAAGACUGCAAAGGAAAGAAUUCAGAUUUGGCUGUUGCACAUGAUUCAGAGGAAAAGGCAGCAAUCAAGAAAGAAAGCUUUGGAUAUAAUGGAUACUGGAUUGGUCUGAGAGUUGUAAAUAAGAAAUGGGAGUGGGUGGAUGGAAGUAAUCUGACUGAUAGCUCCUGGAUACCAGCUCCUGUUGACGGUCACUGUGCAGUGUUUUACAACAGCAGAGACACAUGGUCAUCAGUGAGCUGUGAUGACCACAAACAAUGGAUCUGCCAGAAGAAGGCUCUGUCUGUUUAAACAAAGCAGUCAUACUAAGAAGGUUUCUGGAAACUCUUUGAAAAAAAUAUGAAUUACUUGUGAAUAAAAACAAUUUCCAAACAAAAAUAUAAAACAAAAAAAGGAUAAAAACAGUAAUUCCAGAAACGUUUCACAAACUCGAUACAAACAAUAAAACACAAAAGUUAACUCGUAAUGUGGAUUAUUUUAAAAUCAAUGUACUUUUAGUUUGACUUCAUUUCUAUGGAGCUUGCUAAAUUAAUGCAAAUAUUUAUUUCUUUAACAUUUUUAUGGUGUUUUUAUUAGAUAUGGAAGGUUAAAAUAGUUAAACUGUUUUGUGUGAAUAAUGUUAUUCUAUUGUGUUAGAGAUGCAACGCUUAAACUCAGCAGAUUAUUGCAAAGAUUAUGGACCAUUUUAUUUGAUUGCUUCUACCGGCCAACAGAGGGCGCUGCAUCACUUGUUCUCAAUACAAUGUUCCAGAGUCUGUUUAAUAACUAUUUUUCAAGAUUCAAGAUUCAAAGGUUUAUUGUCAUGACAUUUAGAAACUACGGUGUAAUUAUGUAAUGUAUAAAAAAUGUGAUCGCAGGUUCCUUAACAGUGCAAUUAACAAGACAUAAGAAAUACAUAUAAAAAACAACAUUACAAAUAGAAAUAGUGCAAGCUCAGGUGUUUAAUAGUCUUAUGGCCAGUGGGAUGAAACUGUCCCUGAUACUAUUCUGAUGACGCACACUUUAUGGAUGAUUUUUAUCUAUCUGUAUUUUUGUCACUGAGCAAUGUCAUGUUUUACUCUGUUGUCACCAGUGAAUAAAUGGGCUGCCACA